GCGAGCCGCGGCAGUCACGGGCUGUAUGGAAAUACCGCGCACGCAUCGCUGCUUUGUUUCCAACCCCUCUCGGCGGAUCCAUCCUAAGCCAUGCGAUGGAUAUUUUGUGGCAAUAUCAGUUUAGAAUAAUUUUACUCGGAGAUUCUACCGUUGGAAAAUCGUCUCUGCUAAAACGCUUCACUGAUGGUAUAUACAGUGAUGUUGCAGAUCCUACAGUUGGUGUAGAUUUUUAUGCCCGUUCGUUAGACAUCGAGCCAGGGGUAAAAAUCAAGCUUCAGCUCUGGGAUACGGCUGGCCAGGAACGAUUCAGGUCCAUCACCACUUCCUACUACCGUAAUUCCGUGGGAGGCUUGCUGGUUUUUGACCUGACCAAUCGCAAGACCUUCGACCACGUGAGGGAGUGGCACAAGGAAGUGAGUGAGCAUAUCCUGCCCCACCACAUGGUGUACAUUCUGAUUGGACACAAGAGUGACCUCACCAUGGAGCGGCGGGUGAGUCGUGAGGAGGCGGAGCAGCUGGCUGCAGACCUGGGCGUGCGCUACGUGGAGACGUCCGCCAAGUGCAACAGCAACGUGGAGCGGGCGUUCGAGCUGCUGACCAGAGACAUCUUCCAGCUGAUGAAGAUGGGGGAGAUCUGCACGCGAGACGGCUGGGACGGGGUGAAGAGCGGCCUCACCGCCAAGGUCCUGUACCCCUCCGAGGAUGAGGAGGCAGUAGCCGCGGCCGAGAAAGGCUGCCAUUGCUGACUGGCCCCCCUCCCCCACAUCCCCUCCCCCACACACCGCCUCCUACAUCCUAACCCCCUCUGCCCUGCCCCGCCCCUCCCUGCUGACCACCAAGCCCCGCCCAACCUCAUCCUUGUAUCCACUGUGACCUGUGUUCCACAACCAGCAUAGUCAUCUGUAUUAAAAACACAGUUUAGAUGGGGCUCACAUCCUGAGACAUCAUCGAAAGAGAUGAAGAGUGAGGGACAGAGGUAGAGAGAGAGAGGAAGAGGGAAGGAGA